AUGACCGAUAAGAUCCGGACUCUGUCUCCUUCUACCAAUGAGGUAAUUUGUGAAAGAGAAGAGCUUGACCUCCCCGGGGCUGAGAGUGCCUUCUUGCCAUGGAAAGAUUGCCCUUUCUCUCAGAGAAAGGAUGUUGUCUGCAGGGCACUGGAGCUUUUUCAGAAACGAAAGAACUUGCUGACUGAGGAGUUGACUCUACAAAUGGGCCGUCCAAUUGCCUUUGGCGCCAAGGAAGUAGAAACUAUGCAAAAGCGUGCCGAUUAUCUGCUAGGAGUAUCCGAACAAGCUCUCCAGUCAUUGCCAGGCCAGCCAGAGGCGGGAUUUCGCCGGUGGAUUGAGAAAGAGCCUAUCGGCUCAACCUUGCCACAGUUUCCCUAUCUAAUUAUUGUCAAUUCGCUACUUCCUGCCCUGCUUGCUGGAAUUUCGGUCGUCCUGAAGCCCUCUCCUCAAACUCCUCUCGUCGGCGAGCGGAUCGCGGAGAUCUUCCCCGAGGCACUUCCGAAGGAUGUUUUACAAGUCAUUCAUUCAGGAAGCCCAGAUACUUUGAAGAGUAUUGUCUUUGCCGGCUCUACACAAGGGGGUCGUAUGCUUCGAGAAAGUACUGCCAGUCGUUUCUUACCUGUCAACCUUGAACUCGGUGGCAAUGAUCCCGCAUAUGUGAGACCCGAUACAGACUUGAAAUACGUCGCAGAGCAAGUUGUGGAUGGUGCCGUCUUCAAUGCAGGCCAGAGCAGCUGCGCCAUUGAGCGAGUAUAUGUCCAUGCUGAUAUACACGAUGCUUUCAUGGAAGAUGUUCAGAAAGAAUUAGCCCAAUACAAGCUAGGCAAUCUUUCAGACAAGACAGUCAAUAUUGGACCAGCAAUAUCACGAGCUGCCCAGGCUUCUGUGAAAGCACAGAUCAUGGAUGCUUUGACCAAAGGUGCCGUAAAUGAAACGCCACCCAACCCUAAUUUUGCAAGUCCUUCUACCGAGGGCAACUAUGUAGUGCCCAGUCUUCUUACCAAUGCUAAUCAUGAUAUGUUGGUUAUGAAAGAGGAAACACUUGGGCCCGUCAUCCCUAUUAUGCGUGUGAGCUCAGACAAUGAAGCUGUGAAGUGGAUGAACAACAGCGAUUACGGCUUAACCGCUAGCAUUUGGACCAAAGAUCUCAAGGCAGGUGAAUGCCUUCUCAAACGGCUGGAGGCAGGAACUGUGUUCAUCAACCGUUGCGACUACCCCAAUCCUGAUCUCGUGUGGACUGGAUGGAAGAAUUCUGGCAUGGGGCACACGCUCGGUCCCCGUGGAUUUGAUCCAUUUUUAUAG